UUUUUUAGUUGCACUACCUGUAAACCAGACUGCAUUAAAAAAAAUCGAUUUCUGGAGGCAAUACAUCUUGUUGAAUUUUACAUACAUUUUCUUUAUUUUUUUAAAUUAUCUUUGGAGAAAAGCUUUAAGAAUAUAAAUUUCAAGGCAUCUACUGCAGCCACUACCUUGGAGGGCAGCAAUCCGGGUCAGGACAAGAACCACCCCAAACCCGAUGUUUGUUUGACUCUUCCUAUCUCGACGCCAAGGCUUGGACCGGUCCCGAAGCCUGUGAUACCGCAGAAGUGGGCUUCAGAUAGCCCACAGGCACGCGCUGGAGCCCAGCCUCUCUCGGGGAAUCGAAGCGCUGCUGGAGGUGGUGGUGGCCAGCUCGACGGUUCUCCGCAGGGCGGGGCCGGAGGAAGAGCGAGGCAACGCAGAGAAGCGUCCUGAGCUGCCAUGGAAACGGGCGCCGGCCGAAGGCUUCCCAGCCACCAGGAGUCGGUUGAAAUUUGCCCCCAGGGAUUACUGGUGUUCACCGGGACUUCGGCACAGGACGCCAACCUGGCCAAGCAGUUCUGGAUCGCGGCCUCGAUGUAUCCUACUAACGAAUCUCAGCUGGCGCUGUCCCGAGGUAGCAGUCAGCGCCUGCCGGUGGCCCGGCCCUCCAGGCGCGGUCGGCGCGGUCGGCCCGGUCGGCCCGAGACUACAGAUGUCACUGCUGAAACCAUAAAGAUUCAGGAAUCUGAGGAGAAAAAAAAGUAUCUCCAAAAGGCUAAAAAGAGAGAGGAGAUUCUCCAACUCUUAAGAAAACAAAGAGAGGAAAGGAUCUCGAAAGAACUGGUUUCCCUUCCUUAUAAGCCAAAGGCCAAAGUACACAAAACAAGGAAAGUGAUAUCAGAGUCAGAUAAGGAAGACCAAGAGGAGGUCAAGGCCUUGGACUAAUGUGAUCGACACAUGGGAGAGGAUGGCUCACUUAGAUCUUGACUUUUGAAACAACCUUCUCUUAUGUCAGGAUCAUUGGGAUCACUUUGUUAAAAUAGGCAAAGAAAUAAAAGUUAAA